AUGGAGAUGAAAGGAUCAAAUUUUGGUACGAUCGUCAAAUUACUGCAUUCGAUGUUGGAUGUGGACGGCUACUGUGAGGACACAGAGACAUUCGUACAAAAGUGCGAAAAAUAUGAGCUCUAUGCACAAUUAGUGCACCAACCAGCAGAACUUUUACAUUGGGUGGUUUCUGCUUGGCCAUUCAUGAAAUGGGGGAUGGAAAUAGUUGGACCUUACUAUCGGGCCCCGGAAAAGGUUGAAGCAGGUCCAUACCAAAAGAUCGUAGAAUGCAAAGUGGUUGACUUCAUAUGGUACCACAUAAUCUACCGAUUUGGAAUACUGAAGGAAAUUGUAUGUGAUAACGAGCCGCAGUUCGUAGGUUCGAAAGUCAGUAAGUUCUUUGAAGGGUUGAAGAUCAAAAGGAUUACUUCUUCGUCGUACCACUCAAGUGCUAACAGGCAGGCAGAGUCUACCAAUAAGAUAAUCAUUCAAAAUCUUAAGAAGAAGUUAGAAGAUGCUAAGGAAAAGUGA